AUGUCUGUUUUUCAUCAACUCAAAAACAUAUUUCGCAACUCUAGCAAAUUCUCGCUUGGCAGCAGCGAAGCCAAAGUGCAUAGAAAAGAAGCAGUUGAGCGUAUAGUCAAAGAAGAGAGCAUUGCAAAAUCAAAGCUGCCUGAAUAUGAAGGACUGCAAGGUCAAUAUGAUCUGAUCAAGAAACUAGGAGAGGGCGCUUUUUCUAAUGUGUAUGAAGCAGUUGACAAAAAGACGGGCCAGCAUGUUGCAAUAAAAAUAGUUAGAAAGUUUGAAUUGAGUCAAAUUCAGAAAGCAAGUGUCCUGAAAGAGGUGCAAAUCAUGCGCACACUGAACCAUCCUUCCAUAAUCAAAAUGCUAGAAUUUAUAGAGACCAAAGAUUAUUUUUUCCUAGUGUUGGAGCUAAUGAAUGGCGGUGAGAUAUUCCAUCAAAUUGUUCAAUUGACUUAUUUCAGCGAGGAUCUCGCUCGGCAUUGUAUCAAGCAAGUGGCAGAAGGUAUCCGCUAUCUCCACGAGGAAAGGGGCGUUGUCCACAGAGAUAUCAAACCUGAAAACAUUCUGUUUGAAUCGAUCCCAUUUAUGGAAAGAAAAACCAGCCCUUUACCUACACAGCCCGAGGAUGAUGAUGAGCCCAAGGAGGAUGAGGGUGAGUUUGUUCCCGGGUUAGGCGGCGGUGGUAUCGGUCGAGUGAAGAUUGCAGAUUUUGGACUAUCCAAGGUGGUAUGGGAUAAACAGACAAUGACUCCAUGUGGCACUGUGGGCUAUACUGCACCGGAAAUUGUGAAUGAUAUGAGAUAUUCCAAAUCGGUUGACAUGUGGGCUCUUGGUUGCGUACUGUACACAAUGCUCUGCGGGUUCCCUCCGUUCUAUGACGAAAGUAUCGCCACUCUAACCCAAAAAGUUGCCAAGGGACAAUAUACCUUUUUGAGCCCCUGGUGGGAUCAUAUUUCAGUGGGUGCUAAGCAUUUGAUACAUCAUUUGUUGGAAAUUAACCCAAAGAAGCGGUAUACCAUUGACCAGUUUUUGGCGCAUCCUUGGAUGCAUCGACAGGAUACGCCAAUCGCCACACCUCCAACAGCGUCCAAACCAACAACAGCAACACAAACACAAACAACGGAUGAUACAGCACCCAAAGAAGAAGAAAAGCAAGAGACGCAAACAACACCACCACCUCAACAGCACUCUCCCGAUUUACUGGCACCACCAUCCACGACAACAUCUGUUGCUACCGAGAAUAUCUCUAUUAAACCAUCAUCGCCAAAGGAUAUACCUCGGUCCUCCAAGCGAAAGGACAUAUUCUUGUCUGGCAUUGCGUCUAUGAAGGAAGUGUUUGAUGUGUCGUAUGCAGUGCAUAGAAUGGGCGAGGAAAGAGCACAACGAAAAGAGCACAAGAAAAUGAUGCAGCAGCAGCCAGGGCACCUUAGGAUGCAAGCGUUUAAUGCACCUCUCGUUGUUUCAGAGGAGGAUGACAAUGACGACGAGGAUAUUAUGGCAAAGAGAGAACAAGAUGAUGAAGAUGAAGAUAGCUCAUUGGACAACAACAGCAGCAGCUCCUCCUCCUCCCCAGAGAACGCUGAUCAGCAUCCACGCCGAGUAGAUGGACUAUGCAGCACACAGGAUUCGCAGCUGGCCAUUCUAAAUGGCAGUGCUGGUAAAACCAAGAGUCAGAACAACGCCCUGAUCAAGAAAUUAGCCAACAACAAGUGGGUGGAUUCUCCUCCCACGGUGAAUCAGAGAGUAAAGCAAUCAUUCAAUUUGGACAUGAAUAAUGCCACACUGUUGGGUAGACGAAAAAAUGUACCAAUUUUGCAUCAAAGAUAG